AUGAGCAAAUAUGGGCAAAUGAUCUCUGAAGAACGAUCUGAUCAUCUAAAUCAACAAUUGGCUCGGCAAGGAGUCGAGGAAUAUGUUUUGCGACGAGGAAACUGGCCCAGACAACUUCUUGAGAGUGUCUCGCGGCCCACACGGAGUAGCCCAUAUACAGGGAUACCCUCAAACCAUGAACACUGUAUUGUCCAGGACGAAGUGUGUACCCAAAACCUCGACCUUAUCAAGGGAAUCUGGAACGACUCGAAUAAAGAUGAUUUUGAUAUGAGAGAAUUGCAAGAAAGAAAUGAGGAGUCAGGAUUUGGAUAUACAUCAUAUAACGCUGAUACAUUUCCUUCGUUUGUUCACAAUGAGAAUAAUCAUGACAUAAUUGCCAACGAAAGAUGGCGGACUCCUGCGGAUCUGCCCAGAAUCGCGGCGAGGGAGCUUGUGGAUGGCAUGAUAGACAUAUUUCUGCCACUUGAAGAAAAUGGAGUGAAAGUCAAUGAUCCAGAAGAGCUGGCUAGGAGAAGAGACUACUUCCUCCCAAGAGAUGGUGAGAAUGGUCGCCUCGAAUCCCAGGUGCUGAUUGAGCAUUUGUCCGGGGUUCGGGCGGCCACCAAGAUGCCAAGCGAGCCUGCCCAAACUUUGGUCAUGGAUGGAUUCGGAGUUUUGCACUGGCGGUUCCCAUGUUGA